GCUCCGCCUCCUCCGCCUCCUCCUCCGCCUCGUAGUGCGGUGGCGGCGGGCAGGGUCCGGCCGCGGCCCCGAAGCUUGUCGCCGAAGCGGCGCGGCCUCUGCUCCCCCUUUCCCGCGGUCGCUGCCCGGUCCCAGCGCGAUGUCGGGCGGCGCGGCGGGCGCCCCCAAGCCUCUCCCGUCCUCCGGGCCCAAGUCGCUGCGGGAGAUGCCGCAUCCCCUGGCCACGUCCAGCAGCGAGGAGAUGGGGCCGGCGCUCACCCCCAGCCCCGACCUGCUCCUGCCCCGCAGCAUCGCCGAUAAGGAUCUUAGUCUACCCAAUGGUACACCUGUGGACACUUCUAGCCCAGCCUCCUCAUCAUCUCUACUCAACAGACUGCAGCUGGAUGAUGACUUGGAUGCGGAAACUAGGGACCUCUUUGUUACUGUUGAUGAUCCCAAAAAACAUGUGUGCACCAUGGAGACGUAUAUCACGUACAGGGUCACAACAAAGACCACACGAGCAGAGUUUGAUUUGCCAGAGUAUUGUGUCCGCCGGCGGUACCAAGACUUUGACUGGUUGAGAAACAAGCUGGAAGAGUCGCAGCCAACGCAUCUCAUUCCCCCUCUUCCUGAGAAAUUCGUGGUGAAGGGUGUUGUCGAUCGCUUUUCUGAAGAGUUUGUGGAGACAAGGAGGAAAGCAUUAGACAAAUUCUUGAAGAGAAUAACUGAUCACCCAGUGCUUUCUUUCAAUGAGCACUUCAAUGUGUUUCUCACAGCCAAGGAUCUUAAUGCCUACAAAAAACAAGGAAUGGCAUUGCUGUCAAAGAUGGGGGAGUCUGUCAAAUACGUCACAGGAGGCUACAAAUUAAGAAGUCGACCACUGGAGUUUGCAGCCAUUGGGGAGUAUCUAGACACAUUCUCUCUAAAGCUUGGUACCAUUGACAGAAUAGCACAGCGGAUUAUCAAGGAACAGUUGGAGUACUUGGUGGAACUACGAGAAUAUGGACCUGUUUAUUCAACCUGGGGAGCACUGGAGGUUGAGCUAUCAGAGCCACUGGAAGGGGUGUCUGCCUGUAUUGGGAACUGCUGCACAGCUCUUGAAGAGCUUAGUGAAGACAUGACAGAAGACUUCUUGCCUGUACUUAGGGAAUAUAUAUUGUAUUCGGAGUCAAUGAAGAAUGUGUUGAAGAAGAGAGACCAAGUUCAAGCGGAGUAUGAAGCAAAACUGGAAGCUGUAGCCUUGAAAAAAGAAGAACGCCCAAAGGUACCCACAGAUGUUGAGAAAUGUCAAGAUCGAGUAGAGUGUUUCAAUGCUGACCUGAAAGCAGAUAUGGAGAGAUGGCAGAACAACAAAAGACAGGACUUUAGGCAGCUACUCAUGGGUAUGGCAGAUAAAAAUAUCCAGUACUACGAGAAGUGCCUUACGGCGUGGGAGUCAAUUAUACCGCUAUUGCAAGACAAGCCAGAGACCAAAUAAGUACCACCUCCAUGGACAGUCUAGCACUUCUAUGCUCAGUACCACUAGAUGUACUGGAACUGUAUGAAGGACUCCUUUUGUCAAGUUAACUGAAAUGCCAGCUGCACUUAAGCUGGAACAGAUGCUCUGAAAAUUAUUCUAAUUUUUUUCCUCACUUUCUGUGUUUAAACUGGGGUAUUUUUCAUCUUUUUAAGUUAUCUUGAAUGGUUCCUUCUUUAUCCUAUGGAGUGAUUGGGGGUUCACAGUGAAAGCGCACGGGGAUCUUGAUAAAACUUACCUCUUUAGUCUAGGAGGAACUGAUGAAUGGAACACUAAAAAGAUGAAAAUAAAACUCUACUGCAAGGUGCCAAAUGACAUCUUUAUUACCAUUCUGUUUUGUUUGCUUAUAAAACCCCCACAACAUAAUAAUUAUUCCUGUGAUACACUACUCCUUAACCAAUCCUUAUCCCUUACUUUGGAUGGACAGGGAAAGGCUGGAAAUGAGUAUUUUCUGUUUUGUUACCACCUAUAUGCUCCCUCUGGAUACAAAGGUUUCUGGAGACUUUAAUGUGUGGGAGUUGGGCUGGUCCAAGACAGAACAUAACACCACCACCUGCAGAUAGCCUGUGACGCAAGCAUGAACUGUGGUUUUUGUGAGUGUGGCAUGCUGUUGGUUCAUACAUCUUUGUUUACCUUGGUGCUUAUGAAGUAAUGUCAUUUGGCUGAAGUGUACUUGUGACUGACUUGGGGAUCAGAAUCAGCCUAGCUGCGGGAGCAAGUUGAACAGCUGCCUUUCAAGGCUUAUGGGAAUGGUGGAAGCAAGUAUGAGUCUUUAGUGUAUUUUUUCUAAAGCUAGCUCUGGAGGUUGCAUGGUAGAAUUCUCUUGGUCCAUGCUUUAAACGUUUGGGGUGUGGAGGGUUUUUUGUGUGUUUGGUUUCUUUUUUGUUUCAUUUUUUCCUGAACUAGAGCCACUUUGGGCUUGGUCACUUAAGGUGCCCACUAUAGUAAAGGUAGAACUCUGCUUCUCUCCCCAUGCUUCUCUCCCUUUUUUUUUUUUCUGGUUUGGUUGGUUAUUGUUUUGGGUUUGGUUUUGUGGGGUUUUGGUUUUGUUUUUUUUCCUCCAGAAGCCGAAAAGUGUCAAAUGCUUGCUUCCACCAAGCAUCAUUGUGUGUGAAACUUGCCUUAAACAGGUUGGUGGAGGUGGAUAGGUACCCUAUUAGGUACACAUAGUGUUCAUACCUGUUUAUUGAACCACAUGGCAAGUCUUUUAAAACUACUUUUGGUACGGAUCUAUUUUCUUAGUAGUUUUUAUUGGCCUUUAGAAAUGUAACUGCUUCUGCAAGUCCCUUUUCUUUCCCCGUUUCUCUGGCAGUCCAACCUCAAGUAAAUGACUGCUUUUUGUUAAUGACCAUAUGAAUGCUGCCAUGAUUCCCAGGGACCGAGAGUCUUGGUUUAACAGCAUGCAGAUAAAUCCUUUUUAACCAUCCUAAGUGGUUGGGGCUAAUAUCAGUGUAAUACUUGGAUUUUGGGGGAAUAAAUGAGUGCUUACUCCUAGCCUCGAGUGAUAACUUCAUCUCUGGCAACAUUCUUGUGAAGAGCAGUAGUUGAGUAUGUACAACUGCUGUGUUCUCCUCUGACAACCAACAAGGUACUGGUCUGGUUUGGACUUUAUCCCUUCAUAAACACCAAGUAAAACUGAAGCUCCCCUGCUCAACUUGGUAGAUUUAUAGCGACUCUCAAGAUGAGGUAUUGCAGCAAUGUGGUAGCUCUCAGGCCAAUUAGAUGCUCUUGGUGCAAAAGUCAAGUUUAAGACAUUUUAAGAGGUCUUCCUUUUUGACUCGGCCUUCAUUGACAACUCUGUGGUACUAAACUAUGCUUGCUGGUUUAAGCUCACAGUUUGUGAAUAUACACUUACUUGCUGUAAAUGAGAACUCUGCUUUAAGUUGCUGUUAGGUCCAGAAUGAUAAACUACUCUUGUGCAAGGAAGUGCUUAAGAGGACCAUCUUGAAGCAGUAGAGCCAGGUGUUUUCCUCAAUCUUCCUAUUAAAAAAUAAAGCACUUACAUACUGUUUAACAGUCUGACCUUCAGGGAUACAGUCUUCCCUAUUUCCCACAGAGAUCAACAUGCCUUUUUGAGCUGGUUCCUUUGUGGUAAAUGGAAUUUUGUAGUUGACCCUGCAACAUCACUGGGAAUGAAGCAAAAUGUAAUUUGAACUAAUAUUUAGACAUGUCUUCCCUUCACCUUUUAAAAAAAAAAAGUGAAAGAUGAGUAGAAAGGAUGGUGGUGACAUCAUGUGACAUCAUAGUGUUCAUGAGAAGCAUAACGGACAAUGGGGAGUACCAAGUGAAGCUCAAAUUGGUGUGUUACUUUUGAGGCUGGAGCUGUUGAAGAUUGUCUUAAAUAUUCUGUAAUCCAAUGCCACUGAUCCUGCAGUAUGGUUUUUAAACUUGUCCUCAUCCAAAGCAUGUUUUGAUUUCAGAUAAAUCCUGUUCUGGCUAAGCUGUUGAAAGGCAGGCACGCUUUGCACUUCCCUGUUGCAUUAUGUAGCUCUGUGGUACUUGCAGGUUGAUGUGGAUUUCUUACAUGAUGUGGAACACCAAAGCUUCUUAAGCCCCUGAAAUGAAAGUAAGGCUUAGUAUCUGAAAGAGGAGUCCUUUGCAAGAAUUGCAAGUGUCGUGGCGAGUGUCUUGGCUUGUAUGUGCUAUAGAGGAUACUCUUACAAAGAGCUAUUGUAGAUCACUAGGUAACUGUGGGAGAGGCUGUGUAGGGAGGAUCCUGACUGAGUUUUGGGGCAGCAGUGCUGAAUGGGAGAACUACAAAACAUCAGGAAACUCCUGUAAGAUGUAAAGAGUGCACUUACUUAACCUAUUGUUAGUAGGAUGCUGAGAUCUGAACUGUUAGCAGAACUCUGACAGGUUAUCCUGUAAUCCUUACAGGAUAGGAGUCUCUCCUUUGGAUGGCCCAAACUUUGCAUGUGAAAAGUAGAAGGGGUUAGUAAAGGGAAGCAGGAGUGUAGUGAAGGAGCUUCAUCUUUGAGUAAAUUCUUAAGAGUGCAGUCACUUAAGUUCACCAUUCACACAUGCACUAAAAUUAUGUCAAAAGUAGUCAGACCUUUUCUAUGAGUCUAUGUAACAUGUGGGUCAUUCAACAGUCCUUAAAUUAGCCCAGUUCCACUUGUAAUCCCUAGUCGGACCAAGUUCCCUCUUAGAGGAUGCAUAAUUCACUGCUGCCGUGGUUAGUUCUGUGUAAUUUCUGAGGUGUUUGUUUCUUAUCUGAACUGUCACCCGCACAGUAAAGCAGGCACUGAGAUCUCGUUUUCAUGCUUGGUAGUGAACUGUGUAUUGUUCAUGUGUAUCCUUACCAGGCUCUGACUCUUGCAAUAAGUAUAGGUGUUGAAACACCAUAGCUUUUUCAGGUAUCCGUUGGAAAAAUAAAAAAGUAAUAGGAGUAGCACUAAACACACAAACUGUUCCAGUGUAACUUGUAGCAAAGAAGAAACUAUGGAUUCUUCGCUGAGGUCUACUUGAAUUUUUGUCACACUGGCACUUGUGCUAAGGAUAGAGUAGUGGGAUAUGUGGUAGGGAAGAAGCAUCCGCAAAGCUCAUGUGGCAGCGGCUGUUCUGUGGGGGCACUGUGAGGCAGUCUUCCACCAGUGGCUCUGUGUAGCCAGUUUGUGAUGCAUAUUUCUUCAGGUGUUGGUCCUGCAGAUGCAAGGUUCAAAAGAAUUCCCUCCCAGCCUACCAGAGAGUGUUCAGUGUUUUAACAGGAGCUGUGUUUUUGUCAAAAAUUGCACAAUUUACCUGUUUAUGAUUAAUGUUGCACUCUGUUUAAAAUCCUGGUGCUGAACACCACUGAGCAAAACUGCAUACAUUAAACUAGCUCAUUAGCUGUUCAGCCUUCUUAAAUUCUGAAGGUAGAACAGUCUCUCCCUUGGAAUAUUACCUUUCACUACAGCAACCAAUAAAUACGGAAAAUGGGGUCUUUUUUUUUUUUUUUUUUUUUUUUUUUUUUUGAAGAUAGGGGAGUUGCUACUAGUUACCAGAUUUUUUUUUUUUUUUUUUUAUAAAGUAAAACUGGGGAUCACAGGAAUAAACUUGCCUUCUAGCAGUGUGAAUGUUGCAUUUUAAACUUUUUGGGAGUGCUGUUUAGCCAACUUUAUGAAAUAAAGAGGCAAAAUUUAAUUCUGUGCUUAGCACUUUGUAGUCUUGCUGGAGUAUCUGAUUUGUACAAGUGAACUGGGCUAAUUUUAAGGUUGCAGGGCUAAGGCACAGUACUUACGCAGAAAAUAAUGCACUUUCCAAAAAGGCAUAAGUAGAUCACCCUUACCUAAGUGGCAUGAUAAAAUAUUAAAGGCUAGUCACUGUCCUAGACUACUUUGCAGGCCUUGGUACUCUGUGCUUUGAAGCUAAACCAUUUCCUUAAUUCUGCUGCUGGGAUACGUAUCCAUUCCUUCAGAUCAAGCAGCAGGGUUGGAGCCAGUGCCACAUUCCCACUGCACAGGGAGACGGGUUGCAGAGGGGCAGUCUUACAACAGCAAACAGCCAAAGGGCUUUUGUCUUUAGCGUAUGAAAAUAAAUCAGUACUGUCCAUGUUCUCUUUUUGCUCUGUGCCUGCAUCCCUCUGUCCCUCCUUAAGGUUAGGAGAGUCGGGCCAUGCAGGUGAAGGCAAGCUGGCUGAGUGGAGGAGGCGGACCUCAUCCCCUCAUUGUUGAAGGUCUUAGUACUGGGGACAACAAUGACCAGUGCUGGCUCAUGGCCCGGACUCUUUCUCUUUCAGCCUGUGUAGACCCACUCACUAAAACUAGAGUCACCAUUCAUACCACUGAAAACCAAAAUGGAAGCUGUGAAAAGACUUGUGUCUGUGUGGAUUAGCCUAGUAAACAGUGUAAAAAUGGGAAGGAAGCUUUUGUUUCCUGCGCUCGACCAAAUCUGGCAACUGUACUCUUGUUCAGACUCGCAGGCUAGGAAAUGUUGUCUUGCCUUCUGGUGCUGGCAUGUUUCUAUACCCUUUCAUAUAUCUCUGUAUAAAUAUACUUUGUGCAUUGUUUACUAUGGAACUAGUAUUGAUGGAGAAAAACACUUUGAGGUAAAACUGUU